AUGAGGGUCAAAACACUUGUUGACAAGCAUAGUUGUGGCAUUGUUUUGGACAAUAAAAAGCUGACCUCAACUUGGCUUGCAAAGCACUUUUGGGGGAAAUUUAGGCUAAAUCUGAGUAUGGAAUGCAAUACAUUUAGGGAGAUGACUACAAAGACGAAGUACUCACAUGUGUCUAGCUGGACAUUUUACAGAGCCAAGACAAAAGCAAGGAAGAUGUUGGAAGGGUCUGUCAAGGAACAAUACGCCAUUCUUGAUGAUUACUGUAAAGGGUUGUUGGCUACCAAUCUUGGCUCUACUGUGAACUUGAAAACUGAUUUGGUUAAUGGGAGAAGGACAUUUCAGCGUAUUUAUAUUUGUCUUAAGGCAUGUAGAGAUGACUGGUUGGGGGGUUGUAGACCUCUAAUUGGUCUUGAUGGCUGCUUUUUAAAAGGAUAUUGUAGGGGCACUUUAUUGGCUGCAGUAGGCAUUGAAGGUAAUAACUCCAUGUUUCCCAUUGCCUACUGUGUUGCUGAAAAGGAAAACACUGAGGUUUGGACUUGGUUCUUGGAGCUAUUGAAGGAUGAUCUUGGGAAUUUGAGUCCUACCAAGGUGACAAUGAUGAGGGAUCGUAAAAAAGGAUUAGAAAAUGCAGUGGGAGCCAUCUUUAGUGGGUGUGAGGAAUAUCCUGGUCUUUUACUUCAGCAACUUUUGUGGGCAGCAGCUAAUACUACAACACAAGCUGAGUUUGCUCGAGCAAUGCAAAGAGUCAAGGAUGUCUCGGAUGAUGCUUACAAUUGGCUAGCAGGGAAGAACCCCAUAGAAUGGAGUAAGUCACAUAUUUCAGAGUACCCAAAAUGUGACAUUUUGGUGAAUAAUUUGUGUGAGAGUUUCAAUGCAGCCAUACUUGAUGCUCGCGACAAGCCAAUUAUAACUUUACUAGAGAAAAUUAGAUUUUGGUUGAUGUCUCGAUUUUAUAACAAAAUAGUUGAGUUGAAUAAGAUGACUCAACCUAUGGGGAAGAGAAUUUUGAAGAUAAUUGAGAAGCAAAAAGAGGUUGCAAAGCAUUGUCUGGUUACUUGGUCUGACAAGUUUCAGUUUCAGGUUCAAAGUAGCAAUGGUAGUGCCUUGGUUGUCGAUUUGGAAUUCAGAACUUGUACAUGUAGGAGAUUUCAACUAUCUGGGCUUCCUUGUGGCCAUGCACUAGCUACUAUCUGGUUCAUGGGAGUUAUGUGGCCUCAGACAGGACUCAACCCAAUUGAUCCACCACCUGAGACGAUGCUGCCUGGAAGACCUAAGAAAGCUAGGAGAAGGGAGACAGAUGAACCUCCACCUGCUUUAUAG